AUGGCUGUUGAUCCACAGAUGCCCUCAUUCGAUACCCAAGGCACCAUAGAAGCACAAGAUACAACAAACAAGCAACGGCAGUCUCAUCAAGGACAAUCCAAUGAGAAUGAAAGAGACGUCGAGGUCAACACCAUGGCCAAAACAAUGACACAUACAUCUUUGAAUGAGCCGUAUUCUGUAUUUACGAAAUCAAAAAAGCUCACCAUUGUUGCCAUCAGCUCUACUGCCGGUAUCUUGUCAACAAUUUCAGCUAAUAUCUAUUUUCCAGCAUUGACUAUUAUCGAGAAGGAUUUGCAUACAACCACAGAGUUGGUGAAUUUGACUGUGACAGUGUACAUGAUAUUCCAAGGCAUCUCACCUGCGUUUUGGGGUUCUCUCUCCGACGCAUGGGGUCGGCGACCAGUAUAUCUCUCAACGAUCGUGGUCUAUAUGGGCAGCUGUAUUGGCCUUGCACUUGCACCUUCAUAUGCAGCAUUGUUAGUGCUUCGCAUGCUACAGGCAUUUGGGUCAAGUUCUGUUAUCGCUAUUGGUGCCGGUGUAAUUAGCGACAUUGCAUCCCCUUCAGAGCGAGGCACAUACAGUGGCAUUUUCUCAUGCAUGCAAAUGCUUGGACCUGUUAUUGGACCUAUUUUAGGAGGCGUCAUUUCGCAAGCAGUAUCAUGGCGAUGGAUCUUUUGGUUACUGUUGAUCAUUUCGGGUGUCAUGGUCACUACCAUCUUUUUCUUUCUUCCUGAAACAUUGCGGUCUUUGGUCGGCAACGGCAGCGGCUAUGCAAAUCCAACACCUAUUCAAUGGCUACAACGCCGAAUGAAUAGCCAUGGUCGUCGUCAGUCAUGUGAUACUGCUCAUGAUCCUGUGCAAUUACCCAAUACUUCGAAGUUGGCUAAGGUUACAACACAAAGCUCAAUUGCUCGCAUGAAAAGAGUUCCCAAUCCGUUACGGCCUUUAUCUUUUCUAUUACAACCCGAUGUUGCUGCGGCCUUGACCUAUAAUGCUUUACAUUACGCGGUCUAUUAUUGCUAUCUCACAUCGCUUCCCAGCUUGUUUUCCCAAUUGUAUGGCCUCAAUCAGCUGCAACAAGGUCUCUGUUUCAUUGUUCAAGGUGCUGGUUGUAUAACGGGAUCACUGGUUGAAGGUCGCAUUCUUGAUCGUGAUUUCCGUAUAAUUGCAAAGCGAGUCGGGCAAAACGUAAGCCGUAGUCGUUUACCAUUAGAUUUCCCUAUUUUCAAGGCACGAUUACGUACAGCAUGGAUCCACGCGCUGCUAUUUCAACUUGUCACCAUUGCUUAUGGCUGGUCCUUGUACGCCAACGCACAUAUGGCCGUACCAUUGGUGCUUCAAUUCAUCACUGGCUUCACCAUAACAUCCUUAUUCAAUGUAUUUCAAACCAUGAUGAUCGAUUUAUUCCCUGGUAAAGGUGCGUCAGUCACAGCAUCUAAUAACCUAGUUCGCUGUCUCCUUGGGGCAGCUGCCACCGUAGCCAUUGAGCCUGGUAUCCAGAGAGUUGGUGUUGGGUGGAUCUUCACCAUACUUGGCCUUAUCUUGGUUGUCUCCAACUUGUUGCUCGUGCUAUUACUAAGAUACGGCACAACUUGGCGUGCUCAACGUGCCCACAAGAACUCGUCCUCAAAUGAAAAGCAUCAUUAG